AUGGCACCUACAGUUUUACUGCGCUACGGGAUGCCCAAAAAGCGACGACAUUUUUCGCCUGUACCGGAAGAAAUCCCUCCGGAAUUACCACCAAUUCAUGCAAUGUCAACGACAGAAUUUCUACUGCACAUUACAUCAACAACGGCGAAUGGUGAAAUCCUGCCGGAGAGUGCAUCGAACCCGCAUACUUUUGAGGGACAGUCAUCCAGUGCCAUGGUUGACGAAGGUACUCGGCGCUCACCGCCUGCUCAAAAACGUAUGGCAACUGAAGGCAGCUCGGAGGCCAGCGCUUUGAGUGAAGCCGGACAGCCAUGUGCUUGGACACUUGCUGGGCCAGCAGGGGAUGAAGAUGUAAUAGUGCUUUCUGACUCAGAUGACGAAGAAGAAGCUGGCAGGGCAACUGAAAAUAAUGUCGAGAGGCGCGAAUUCGAACCUGGCGAUGAUGGACGCAUUAGAUGCACAAAAUGCUCGUUUUCGUCAAAGAAAUCAUUCGAUAUGAUAAAGCAUGUGGUUGAGGUGCACCGGAGAAGUGAUGCCUCUGACAAGGAAAAGUGA